UACCAUCACAUCUGUGCAGGCCUCUGACCCACCUUCGAGUGUGACGUCGUCAGAGCAGCACACUGAUUCACGCCCCUUACUUUCCUCUCUUCAUGCUCAGCGCCAUGAAUAUCAUGCUCCUCCUUGUUCUUCUCCAGCACCUGUCCCAAUUCAAGUUGAGUCCCAGCAUACUCUAAGCCAUGCUUCAGUCCCAGUCGUUGCUCAAAACCUCCAGCAGUCAGAGGAUAGGCUUCUCACUCGAAUGGUCGACAUAUUUCAGGAGAUGAUGGAUAAAAUGCAGCAGCGCAAUACUUACCAGCCUAUCAGAGGAGGGAGAUUUCAGCGCACAUCGCGAGACAGGCAUCUCAGAGAAGCUGCUUGUCGAGUUUGUAAUGGGUCCAGUCACACCACCAUUUCCCACUGCAUGUCGGAGAGACUGUGUUUCGUCUGCCUUGCUCCAGGCCAUACCAAACAGGAUUGCCCUGCUAACAACUCCUCCAAAACCAAGUCUGAGGGAAACUAGAGGACCUGUAUCCAGAGGGAGUUAGUACAGGUCAUUAUUUAAACUCCCACACUGAUGACAUGUUCGAUGCUGAGACAGUUUACUUGUCUGUGAAAGACUCAUGUAAUGACUCUGAAGUUGUUAUUUACCAGAACAUUCACAGAGUUGGCAGCAGUGACAGUCUUUUCUACACUUCUGUGAUAAUGGGUGAUUCAGUGAAAAUGGGCGGAAUGUUGGACAGUGGUUCAAUGGCUUGCAGCAUUAGUGAGGCGGCUGAGACAAAAUUGAGAGAUGCCGGGGUGAUAACAGACCAAAAGCUGAUAGAUGCAAAUGUUGUAUUAGUUGGAUGUGGUGGACUUCGUGUCAAGCCAAAGUGUGCUUUUGAAGUGGAAAUGGAAGUGUAUGGCUGUAAAGUGUUAGUCCCCACGCUUGUUGUCCCAGGUCAACGUGAUGAGUUGAUACUAGGAACCAACGUUAUAAAGCACAUUCUGCAUCAGUCUAAGCUGUGUGAGUCCUAUUGGGAGGCAGUGUCCGGCCCCUGCCCUGACAGAGACCCAGAAGCUGAACAUUUCUUGUCUAUGCUGUCUGGUCUGAACCCCUGGAGGGGUGAAGAUGUUCCUAUCAAAAUCGAGACAGUCAGGUGUAACUCCGCUACAUGCCUCGAGCCUGGCCGUGAGUAUCUCAUCUGGGGUAAACUACCCAAAAACACAGCUGUUUCCCCAGGCAGUACCAUCUUGACAGAGCCCACUUCAUCACGCUCAGCUCCUAGGGGUGUUUUGGUUGCGAAGAUUGUGACUUCCCUGUGGGGAGACAGGUGGGUCCCACUAAAGCUCAUCAACACAUCUGACAGGCCGGUGCUGCUGAGACGCAAUGGUAAGCUGGCAGAUGUCUAUUCCUGUGUGUCUAUUGAGGACAUGGACGUUACUGAGCGUUCAGAGGUCCCGCUGUUCAGCUGCACCCAAUCAGCUGCAUUAUCUACUGCUGAUGGAAAUGACGCCAAGGACAAGCUCAGGUCAGUCUGACUCAGUGCUGUUGACAUUGAAUCA